AUGGCUAUGAAUGAAAACUCCCCACUGCUCGAAAGCCACACGAAUGGCCAAUCAAGUAGUCGUCCUCCUCUUCGACGUGCAUUGUACGUCAUCAUCCCCAUGGCGCUCGUUGCCGUUGUCACCAUAUAUGUCCUUACCGGUGGUGACAAAACUGAUAAAGCUCCGGCUGCAUCGAGUCACGCACCAACGAACGUCGCCACAGACGCUGAGCUACUGACUAUGCGGCCGCCUUAUAUGGAGAAAUUGCAUCCGAUCUCACCCAAGCUCGUGCAUCGAAAGGACUUUAGUCAAGCACUGCCGACGAAUGCUUUCUGGUCCAAUCUGUUGGUAGCUGAUGGUCACGGCCUUAAUGCUGGUGCUGGUGAGGUCACUUUAAGUCCCUAUACGGUCCGUAGUCUACCUAAAAGACUAGAAAUCUCGUACGGAGACUCUCGUCGUGUAGCUACAAUGAACGCUAUCACAGAAUACUUUAACGUGGACGCAAGUUUCACAGCCUAUAGUCGUCAAGUUCAAAAGGACAAUAGUGUCUUGUUGGGAGAAGGCAAUAGCACGUCCAGAAAUGUUGUGAGCUUUGAUGUCCUGUCAGUGCUACUGCAGUACUACUACGAGGAAGACAACAAGUGGAUGAAGGUGCCUUUGGUACGUGGCUCGCCUUACGUUACGGUAGAGUAUCAGAACGUCCUCCCUGUGCUCGAGUUCAACGCUAGUGUGCUGACUGUCAAUGGCAAAAUAGUGGAUCAGAAAAUGGACCCAUUGGCUUCUCGAAAGCAAUUACAGACAUGGACCAGUAACCGCUUUGAACUUGACUUGGAGUUGUACAGUACUGGUGAGAGUGCACACGGGACAGGCAAGGCCCAGCAAAAAUGGAUCCUGUACUUUGACAAGGUCCGCACGUUGCAGCUACAGUUUGCCAAUGAGACGGAUUAUCGCCCUUACAACUUGCUUGGCGAGUUGAUGACCCCCACUAACAUUCGACUGGUAGACACGGACUUCUACACGGGUGCAGCGCGGCUUGCUAUUGUCCCGCAGGGAGCGUCACAGGCUGUAAUCGACGCGCUUGACCAGGCUGCUGGCAUUUAUCCAGUGGGUUCCUCGAUCAAGAUGGAUGUAAACAACGCCAACGCGUCGUUUUCGUUCUGCUGGGAAACAAAGCGGUUUCCCGAUCUAGGCGAGUCGGGUCUGAAUUCGACGUCAACCCCUGAGCUACUGAUGGUAGCAAACCCACAUCAUGUGGCGACGAUAAAGACCGAUGGGGACGCCACCCGGGUGCUGGGCCAAUUUGGGCAUCGCACGCUCAAGUCAAACAUGACAGCAGUGCUUGGUAGCUGCUGGGAGAUGCAGGAGACAUUACCGAAGGUCUCGUUCCAAGAAGAAAAUGCCCAGAUUCAGUCUCAGUAUGUGGAAGCGAUCAAGGUUGCUCUGCUCAACGACUCGAGUUACACCCCAGAGGCAGACGACCCUUACUACUUUGGAAAGGAAGCAGGUCGUCAAGCUCGUUUGGUUCUGAUCGCUGACCAGCUUGGCGAAAAGAAGCUCCGUGAUGAAAUUCUUGACAAGCUCGAAGAGUGGGUGACUCCAUGGAUGCUUGGCCAGAACAGUGACCACUUCGUGUACGAUCGCAUUUGGGGUGGCCUGUGUUCGUUAAACGGACUCAAGGGUGUGUUCUGGAUGACGGACUUUGGUAACGGCUGGUAUAACGAUCACCACUUUCACUACGGCUACUUCUUGUACGCCGCCGGUGUGAUUGGCAAGUUUCGUCCGGAUUUCGUGAAGACGCACAAGGCUGCUGUCAUGUCGAUUGUGCGUGAUAUUGCUAGUCCCGACCAGAGCGACACCUUCUUCCCGUUCACCCGUCACUUUUCUUGGUUCGACAGUCACUCAUUUGCCAGCGGUAUCUACACUCUAGAUGGUGGCAAGUCUCAAGAGAGUGUCAGUGAAGCCAUUAACGCCUAUUAUGGCGUGUACCUGGUGGGCAAGUCGUUCCAGGUUCCAGAGGUGGAGCACAUUGGUCAUCUUUUACUUGCCUUGGAAAUCCGCGGCGCGCAGACGUACUGGCAGAUGCCAUCUACCUCUGACAUUUACGAGCCUAUUUACGCGGCUAACAAGAUGACGGGUCAAGUCGCUGCCACGAAAGUGUCUUAUACGACGUGGUUUGGUCCACAAGUGGAGCACAUGCACCUGAUUAACAUGAUCCCCUUCACGCCGAUCACGGGUAAAUUCUUAAAGCCUGCUUAUGUCCAGGAGGAGUAUCCUAUUUUGCAGCAGCAGGCGUUUGACCGAGCGCAAGACCCGAUUGAUGAUCGUUGGAAGGGCUACGCGUAUCUGGAUCUAGCCAUCAUCAACCCGACGGAUGCGUGGACGAAGGUCCAGAGCAUCGAUUUCUUUGACGACGGUAGCUCUCGAACGAACUCGUUGUACUGGAUCGCCACACGCCCGACAAAUUGA